AACUAUAACUUUUUUUUUAUUGAGAUUGCAAAGGGACAAAUGGCGAAUGAGGCCGCCGCCAACUCAGCAUUAGCAGGUGGCGUCGCCGCGGCUGCUGGCCGGCCGGCCAUCGUCCAUCCGUGCACUGCUUGCAGGCAGCUGCGCAGGGGGUGCCGUCCGGGCUGCGUGUUCGCGCCGUGCUUCCCGCCGAGCCAGCCGAACCGCUUCGCGAUCGUCCGACGCGUCUAUGGCGUCGGCAACGUCCAAAGGCUCCUCGAGGAGCUCCCACCGGAGCGCCGGCCUGCGGCCACCGACUCGCUCGCCUACGAGGCCUCCAUGCAGCUCCGCGACCGCGUGUUCGGGGCCGCGGGGGUCGUCUCGCUCUACGAACACCGCCUUCACAGCCUGCAGCUAGAGCUCUUAUGCGCCAGAGCUGAGCUAUCAACAUAUGAGUGUUCGAAUCGCAACGACGCAAAUAGAGUGCCCCAGAUAACAAAUCAAAAGUUUUCUAAAGUUUGCGGUGGCCGCGGAGGUGGUUGGGGUGAUGGGUGGUAUGAAGCUAUGAGGGUUGAGGGUUGUGUGAGUGAGGCCAAAAUCGCGGAGAGGUUAGCGGCAGCGACCGACGCGGCCGUCGUGAGUAUCAGGCCGGUGGAGGAUCGAAUAGCGGCGACAAUGACGGCGACAGCGGUGGCGAAGAGCUCAAAUCAGAUUGAGGAUGCAGCAAAUAAUCAAAUAAUAUAA